AUAUAUGAAGUCAAGGCCGACGGGCUUGAUGACCUGCUGAUCACCACAAAGGACAAAUUGAAUCAGUUCUCAUCACCACGACCCACCAUGCAGACCUUAUUGCUUGUUCGUCCGUGGGAUCGUUAUCUGCUCGAGCUUCCUCACUUUGUGGAGCCGUCUGGCUUGGCAGGGCUUCCUGACGUCGCCGACGACACGGACAGCGAAGAGGAGUAUUGGUCUCCGCUCAGCUCUCCAUUACAGAAUUCGCCCAGCGAGUUCCCUGAGGCACAGGAGUCGGUCGAUUCGGAACUGAGCGAUCGAGCCUUGCGAUUGAUCGUUCGUCUUAACCAGCCUUUCAACGCGUUUUUGCUAGCGCAUCAGCGCGGCGGAGAGUACAAGAGAAUCGCGUCAGAUCAUGAUAUUAUUGCACAAGUCAAAGAUCCUUCUUCUAUUCCGGACAUGGUCAAGAUGCUAGAGAUAUUGUAGCGACAUGCAUUUUGGGUG